CAAAAAAAAGAAAGGAAUAAAGCGGGAAACAAAAAAAAGUGAGAAACGAAGAAAAAGAAAAGAAGUGAAAAAGAAAAGAAAUAAAACAGUGAAAGAAGAAAAAGGCGGAAAGAAAAAGGCGGAAAAAAAAGCAGAGGAAAGGAAAAUAAAAG